GGCGUUUCUCUUCAAGGAAAUAUACAACCAGUGUGGGCUGACGAGCGACCAGUCGUCGUUUGCCGGACUGCAACGCUGAAGUUAAAGGCUUUAAGAUGUCAAUGAAGAAUGGUCAGCUUCGGGAGAUGACUAAAUCAACUGUUUGGGUAACAGUAUUCAUUCAUCUCCUUUUAUGUGUGUUCGGACAGCUGGUCGCACCACAAGAUGUGCAGUUAACCUCUGAAAACUUUAGAUAUAUUGUAACAUGGAAACCAGGAGUUGGGACAUCUCCAGACACACGAUACACAGUUGAGGUCAGCAACCUGAACAAUGCUCAAGGGAAAUUCACUCCAGUGAAAAGAUGCACCAAUAUUACAGCACACUCAUGUGACCUGUCAUGGAAGUUUAAGUCUUUUUCCAACCUUUACUGGGCUCAGGUUAAAAGUGUCACCAACCAAUCUGAAUCCUCAUGGGUGGAAUCGAAGGAGCUUCUGCCAAUCCGGGACACCAUUGUGGGUCCCCCAAUUGUUAUGGUGGAAAGCAAUCUCCAGAUAAUUGAAGUAAUUCUUGACAUGCCUCUGACACCACACAAGGAAGAAGAUAGUCAUGAACUAAAGACACUGAGGGAUAUUGAUCCAUAUUUGAUUUACAUUAUCCUUUUUGUUGAUGAAAAUGGCAAAGCGUAUACAAAUAGAAAAGUAAAACCUGAUAAAUCGGGGAAAGGAUAUUAUCGGUUUGAAAAUCUAAAAUCCAACUUUACAUACUGUGUUGUAGCCAGGUUUGAGUCAUUACAUAACUACCACAUGAAGGAUUCCAGAAAGAUUUGCACAACCACCUCAACUCAAAAUACAGAUAUACUGUGGAUUGCUCCCUUAGUAGCGGGGGCUGUUUUCAUUGUAGUUUUGAUCAUCACUGGUAUUGGGAUAUGGAUGGUGAAAGAAUUUACUUACCUACAUUUGGUCCAGUCAGAUCUUCCUAAAUCCUUGGUCAUUAUUUCUCAAGAAUUACAUGUGAAUCUGCAAUGCAAAGAGCUUGAUGAAAAUCCAGAGGCUGACCGUAUCUCGUUCAUUACACACAGUGAUUAUGCCAAUGACUAUUACCAGAAAAGCCAGAGAUUACAUUUAACCAUGUCAAUAACUGGCAGUAUGGAUGGAAAUGCUUUCGACCAAAGUAGUGAAUUGAAUUGUACAAGUUAUGAGUGUAACAGAUUACUGCAAGUAAACGAUGGUUGCACAGACAAGGAGAAUGAAUGCAUUCCUAUCUCCUUCCAAACAUCUACUGAAAAUGGUGGAUCUUCAAGCAUCACCCCAAACAUCAGCCUCAGAGUUCCAGGAUCCUCUCAUUUACCGUACCAACAGUUUUUAAGUGAUGAAGAUACAGAAGACACAAGCAGGAACAACACUGCUAAAGACAUUCAGGCAUCAGAGACUGUACAUCAUCAAUUUGAUAUCUCUCAGGAAAUUAAUCUAGAGAGCACAGAAAUAGGGAUUUGGAAUUGUGCCGAUAUCCUUUUAAGUUCGGUAAAACUUUUCAUCAACGACGGCUCAGAGUGGGAUAAUUUGGAAACUGACUCAUGUGCAGGUGGAACAUCUGAUCAGCUUAUUACUGAUGACUUGUGUUCUCCAGUUACCUCUCUGUUAACAACAGCCAUUAAUCCUUCCCCAAAUGGCAUCCAGGGAUAUCACACACAAUCUAUAAAACUCCCUCAAUCUGGAUCAUGAUAGGUUUCUGAACCUGGUCUAAAAGCCCUGCUCUCAUAUUUUCGAACUUAAAUGGAUGCAUUUCUCUAAAUAUGAGGCACACUGGAAAUCUGUAUGAAAGGUAUGGUUGUAAAUGAUUCUAAAAUGUCCAAACAAGCCACUCAGUUCAUGAACACUCAGUAUGAAAUACAUUAAAUCCAGCCGACCAAGCAACCUCGAUCCAUUACAGUACACCUACCGCCCCUGCAGGUUCACAGCUGAUGCCAUCUUCCUGGCCCUAUAAUCAUCCCUGGAACACCUGGAUAAGAGAGACAACUAUGUCAGAAUUCUAUUCAUAAAUUACAGCUCUGAUUUUAUUCACAUUAUCCAAGCUCAUCUCAAACUCAUGGAACUUGGAGUUAGCACUCCACACUGCAAUAAGAUCCUCGACUUGGUCACCAACAGCCUACAAUCAGUGAGGAUAGAUGAUAAAACAAUAAUGCUCAAUACUGGCUAUACAGUGCAAAAGAACCUUUGGCUCAACCUGCCCACACUGACUAACCUGUCUCAUCUAGACUAGUCCCACCUGGCUCCAUUUGGCCCAUAUCCCUCUAAAACGGUCCUAUCUAUGUACCAGUCCAAAUUUUUCUUAAACUUUGUGAUAGUACCUGCCUCAACAACCUCCUCUGACAUAUACCCACCAUCCUUUGUGCAAAAAAGUUACCCCUCAGGUUCCUAUUAAAUCUUUACAAUACCACCUACUUUAGUGUCAUCUGCAAACUUGCUAAUCGUGCCUUUACAUUCUCAUCCAAAUCAUUGAUAUCGAUGACAAACAGCAAUGGUCCCAACACCGAAUCCUGAGGCACACCACUAGUUACUAGCCUCCAGUCUGAAAAGCAACCUUCCACCCUCUGCUUCCUCCCAUGAAGCCAAUUUUCUAUCCAUUCGGCUAUCUUGCUUUGGAUUCCAUUGGAUCUAACCUUCCAGAGCAGCCCAUCAUGUGGAACCUUGUUGAAAGCCUUGCUGAUAUCCAUGUAUUCAAUAUUACCAGCUCUGCCUUCACCAAGCUCUUUGGUCACAUUGAAAAACGUUCACUUCUUAAAAGGUUCUCUUCUUAAUAAACAGUCAACUCACAAUAUGGUUAGGUUGACCAAUUCAAACUUUACUGAUUAUCGGUCGAUGGAAGUGACGAGGAUACACCAGCCAAGUAAGCAACAUAGACACAUGGUUCUCCUCGUGUCACCACUUCCAUGAACAAAUAAUUACAUAGUAUUUUAUACUGUUUUUUUUUUGUCACCCAAGCACCAAAGAUGUUAGUCGUGGUCAGAGUCAAUACACAUUACCACAGGAUGUGUCUGAGUUUGUCUCUUGUCAAUCAGCAGUUGCAUAUCAAAGGCAUCCUACCAGUUGGUACUUUCAAGCCAAGACAUUUCAAAGGCAUUGGUCAUUGCACAUUUCAAAGGCAUCAGACAUUGUCCCAAUACCCCUCACUGGGACUAGUCUGGGCUUCUCUCUCUCAUCAAUUGGUAGAUGCAUUUCAAAGUCAUCGGUCAUUGUCUCAAUACACAGCAACCUGGGGCAAGCCUGGGCUUGUCUCAAAGUUAUAACCUAGUCCAGGAAUCCAAAAUAUUUUAAAUAUAUUUAACAAUCAGAUUUGUGAGACAUGACCUCCCACGUACAAAACCAAGCCGACUCUCUCAUCAGCCCUUGUCCAUCGAUGCAGCUUUAUAGGCCCAUUAGCCACAACAACAAUAAUAUACAAAAAGUUAUCAGUUAUUAUAGAGCAUAGAAAGUAGAGCAGUGCAGCAGAAGAACUGGUACUCAAUGGCACAAUGUCUGUGCAAACAUGGUGUCAAGUUAAACUAAUCUCCUCUGCCUGCAUAUUCCCCUCAUUCCCUGCACAUCCAUGUGUGUAACUAAAAUACACUAUCACAGCUACCUCCAUCACCGCUCAUAGCGCUGCAUUGAGUGCACCAUUCCACCAUUCUCUGUGUAAAAAAAAUUGCUCUUCUAUUAUGGAUAUCCAUUUAAAGUGGAUCACAGACUAGUAGUGAGAGGCCUCAGUUAUCCCUGCCACAGGUGUCAACUAUCCGUUUGAUCAUCUAAUUUAGUCUGAAAGUAUCUCUAUGAAUUUUGUGGAGGCAUAGUUGUAAGGUGAGAGGGGAAAGUCUAAUGGAGAUGUGCGUGGUAAGUUUUUUUACACAGAGAGCAGUGAAGGCCUGGAAUGCAUUGCUAGGGAUGGUGGUGGAGGCCAGAAAGUGGUGUUUAAAGGGUUUUAGAUAGGCACACAGAAGUGCAGGCAACAGAGGGAUAUGGAUCUUGUACUGGCAGAUUAGAUCAGUUUGACUAGGCAUCAUGUUCGCCACAAAUAUUGUGGACCAAAGAGCCCAUUCCCAUGUUGUACUGUUCUAUGUUUAACGUUCUAUGCUGAGGAGCAGAUCUGCUGCAUUCAAGUCAGACCAUCCAGUCAUACGAGAAAUUCAGGUAUGACUCCAGACUUUUCUACCCAGGGAAAAGGUUCUGACUGUCUACCCUACCAAUGCGUCUCAUAAAUGUAUAUAUUUUUUAUCAAGUCUCCCCUCAACCUCCAAUUGCUUAUCUUUUGGUUUAUCCAAGGUUUCCAGUUAGGGCACAUUCAAAUGGUCUUGGUAGGAACCUACUCUUGCACACAUUCCCUUAUAAAAUCAGUGAGACCCAUGGCUUAUUCAUUCAGGUCCAUUAUUGAGUUCUUCCAGUCUACUAAGUCCCAACUGGUCACAAAAUCAUUCCUCUGUCUCCCCUGAAGAGCUCUGUACAUUCCUUCUUCUGGAAUUAUGCUCUUCAGUUGCUGCCCGUAUGAAUGAAGUAGAGGCACAAUCAGAUGGUUGAAAUCUCCAAAGUGCAUGCAACCGAUGGAGUGACAGACAUCUCUAAUAGUGGUGUAGCAGAAGCAAGAGAGUGUUUGAUCCUCUGAUGCUGGAGGAGAUGUGCUGAUGUUAGUUUGUAAGUACCUUCUACAGGUUAGCCAUGUUGAAAUCCCUGGCAAUGAUGGAGAAGGUGUUGGGGGGAUGCCGUCAGGUGUUUGUUGACCGUGGCGAAUAAUUCCUUAAGUGUUAGCUGAAUAUGUGCCUGGGCGGGAUGUGGACUCUCUUGUGAGGUAGAAGAGGCAGCACUUCACUGCUAGACAUUUCAGGCAGGGGUAGCAGGAGAUCGACAAGGUCAUCACGUCCGUACCUCAGGAGUUUACCAUGAGGUUGGCGCUGCCACCUUUUCCUAUACCCGAUGGCGCUAGUGCAUGAGAUAGAUUGAUACAUAUUUGGGCUGGAAGAGCUGGAGCUAAGCCGUGUUUCUGUGAAAAGACUAAACAGUAUUCCUUCAUGUCCAUUUGGUAAAGCAAUUUUAAGUCCUCAAUCUUAUAUUCAGUGGAUGUACAUUAGCCCAAGCAUACUGGAUUUGGGGACUGGGGUCAGAGGCAAUGAUGCUACAUUCUUACUUGAAGCCAGUCCUGCUACCAUGUUUCUGGGAACAUUGCAGACCUCACCAAUGCUUCUAUAUACUGCAUUACAGAUGCUAUUUCACUCACUGAGUUCUUCCAGCAUUCAUUUUGUUUGUGCCAGAUUCUGGAAACUGCAGUCUCUUUUUUCUUGCUGAAUUCAAUGUUAAAUCCCAAGGGCUAUGAUGUUCCUCUGCAAAAGAUAAAAUGCUGUCCCCCAAGCUUCACUGUAUCAGUGAUGGAGAAGUAAGAGUGGGAGAGGGAUGGAGAAUAAAAGGACAAGUCAACUGAGAGCUCAGUAUCACUCCUGUAGAUUCAAUAGGUGUUCCACAAGUUUGAAAUUCCUUCAGUGCUGGGUAGAAACAUAGAAAUUAGGUGCAGGAGUAGGCCAUUCAGCCCUUUGAGCCUGCACCGCCAUUCAAUAUGAUCAUGGCUGAUCAUCCAACUCAGUAUCCCGUACCUGCCUUCUCUCCAUACCCCCUGACCCCUUUAGCCACAAGGGCCACAUCUAACUCCCUCUUAAAUAAAGCUAAUGAACUGGCCUCAACUACCUUCUGUGGCAGAGAGUUCCAGAGAUUCACUCUCUGUGUGAAAAAGUAAGUACUGAGUGCAGUAUGCUAAAUUGGAAGGUAGACCCAAAAUGCUGGAGUAACUCAGCGGGUGAGGCAGCAUCUCUAGAGAUGCUGCCUCACCCGCUGAGUUACUCCAGCAUUUUGUGUCUACCUUCGAUUUAAUACAGCACCUGCAGUUCAGGAUUAUGGGGAGAAGACAAGGGAGUUAGAAUUGGGAUUACCUGGAUUUGUGUUAUGUGGAACCAGUGAGAGAUUUAAUGGGCAGAAUGGCCUACAGGCCUUAACCAUUCUGUGAUUUGGCAAAGAUCAUAGAAAAUGUGAAACAUGUCUUAGCUAAAUUUAUAUUUACAUUGCAUUACGUUAUUUUUUUUACAUGUUUUACUCUUUUCUGCAAUAGAUACAACAGUGCAGUGUAUGUAAUAUUGGAUGAGAACAGGAACUCAGUUUAAUGGUGUCCUUUCCUUCAGAUUAUGUCAAAUAUCUAACUGGGCUCUAAAAAUAUUUGUCAAACAAAAUUUUAAAUAAAAUCCAUACACCU